AUCUGUCUGAGCAGGAAGUCCAGGGAAGGGGACCCAGGAAGUGACAUCACCUCCAAAAGAUGACAGGGCACACAUCACCUCGGAACCCUGGUCCCCAGGCAGUUGGUUCUGAACCAAACCUGACCCAGCUCACUUGCCUGGUGGGCCUGGACCCGGCACCAUGUUUUCUUGCUGUUUGCCCAGGUCUCCCUGCAGUGGACCCAAAAAUUUCCCUGAAACUCGUGUCGCACUCUGCUGAAAGGCAUGAGGAGCCUGUGUCGACGUCUCUGGCCAGCACCAGCACUGCCCCUGAGGAAACUAGGGGUCCCUCGGGACAGAGGGUGUUCUGUGUCCAGGAAGGUGAAGAGAUCCAGAGAGUACAUUUCCCCAACUGUCCUCCCACAGCCCAGUGUGGGAUCUGUCCCAGCACAGAGCCCAGGUUGAAGUGCACCCGCAAUUUGAGAUUGGGGCACAUGUCCAAAGGAACUGGCUGGAGUACACAAAGCCCCUGGAGGAGCUGUCCGAGGCCCCUUCUCAAGGAGCACAGCCAGGCUUCCCUGCUGCCCAUGGGACAGGCCAGGAGACCAGCCAAGUUGCUGAUUGGAGACAAGCAGACACUAGGGGUCCUGAAGGGACAGGAGAAGCCGCUCCUGCAUAUGCUGUUCCAGAGCAACAGGAGAGCCCAGCAGGCCUGCUGGGUCAGACAGACAAUGCCCAGGGACGUGACUUCCAUGACCGUCCUUGGACAACCUGCUGACCAUGCUGCAGGCAACACUUGGCUGGAACCUGCUGCCUGCAUGGGGCAGUCCCGCUGCCAGUGCACAUGGCGGGGAGCCUAGCGGCAGCUGGCUUUUGCUCUCCUCCCCCACCCAUGCACCCUGGGCUCUUGAAACAGAAGAGGAUGUUCUCCAGACCACGGACCAGGUAUGUAUUUCCAAUUUGGAAUUGUUUGCUUUUGUCAAAUCAGUCACUCUUUGGCCGACCUGCAAAAGCUGUUUUCUUCUCAGGGUUUCUGUUUUUGUUCACCUAUGAAAUGAAGGAGCUGGUCUGACUUAAAUCACCUGGGGUGAUAUAACCCAAACAGGAAAACAGGUGCUGUAGCAGACAGUGUUCAGGGCUCUGGUCUAAAGAAUGCCCGUCCCUUGGCUUUUUCAUAGAGAGCAUGUUUUUCAAAAGCACAUGCCUGGUGCAACAAGUUUCAUCACCUCUACCUCACUGAGUGGCACU